CGCAAUCCUCGGACAACUCCCAGACUAACUUCCCGAUCCGACGAGCUCUGGCAUCCUAACAUCACUCCGUGCAUUACCAACGCGGCAGGAUGGAUGACUUAGAGUCCCUCGAACUGCUGUCCCUCGUGUCGAAAGUCACGUCGGAAUUGCAGAACCAUCUCGGCAUCAACGAGAAGACGCUCGCCGAGUUCAUCAUUGCCCAGCGCCUAGAAUGCGCCUCCUUCGGAGAGUUUAAGGAGAAGUUGGUCGCUAUUGGCGCCGAGUUCCCGCCUAGCUUGGAGGAGAGCAUCGACCGCCUUGUCCAGACUAUGCACCCCAAAUUUAAGGGGAAACAGAAUGGUUCACAUGGCGACGGCGGGGACGGGAAACCGGCUCGGUCGGCAGAGGAACAGACCAAGGUUUUCAAGGGACUUGCCAUUCCCGACAAGGAGGUAGAAGCGAUCGACGAUACACUGGCGUUGCUCGAGAGUUUAGAACCAAAUGGGGGCGACAAGAGCCGUCCGAGAAAACGAAGCCGAACGCCAGACGACCACCGAGACGAAUACCGAGACGACUCGCGACGGAAACGGAAGGAUAGGUAUCGGUCGAGGUCGAGGUCAAUAUCGCCGCCACGAGGUCGACGGAAGAAUGGCCGCUACGAAGACGAUGACGACGUUCGCCGGCCACCGCUGCAGGAGCAAGACGAUACGCCACAGCUCCACAAAGUCUACGACGGUCAUGUAACGGGCAUCAAGGACUUUGGCGCGUUCGUAAAUCUCCACGGCGUGAGAGGCAGAGUCGAUGGUCUAGUCCAUAUUUCGGCAUUCGGGCAACGAGUCGGUCAUCCGUCGGACGUCGUCUCAAAAGGCCAGGACGUGAAAGUCAAGGUCAUCAAAGUCGAGGGCAAUAGAAUAGGGUUGUCGAUGAAAGACGUGGACCAGCAAACCGGCAUGGACCUUGCACCGCAAAUCAAAAUAGGUUCUGGCGCGAAUAUGGAGGCUCUUGGGGGUCGAGGGAAGGGUAUGGGUGACAUGGGCAACGGUACAAACGGCUUGUUUCAGGCGUCUGCAGCGGCUCGGAGCCAAAAGAAGCGCUUGACGUCCCCAGAACGAUGGGAAAUCCGCCAAAUGAUCGCGGCUGGGAUUGCCAAGGCCUCCGAUUACCCAGAGCUCGAGGAAGACUACAACGCGACGCUCAGAGGAGAACGACAGAUGGAGUUAGAGGAGGACAUCGACAUUGAGGUCCGAGACGAAGAGCCGCCGUUCUUGGCCGGCCAGACCAAGCAGUCUCUCGAGCUUUCGCCAAUCCGAGUGGUCAAGGCACCCGACGGCUCGCUCAACCGCGCCGCAAUGGCCGGAGCCAACCUGGCGAGAGAAAGAAAGGAGAUGCGGCAACAAGAGGCCGAAUCACAGGAGGAGAAGACCAAGGUUGACUUGUCUUCGCAGUGGCAAGACCCGAUGGCCAACCCUGAAGCACGGCAAUUCGCUAGCGACCUUAAGAAGCGUUCAAUGGCCUCUCAGGCAGCACCGGGUGCCGUGCCGGAGUGGAAGAAGGCCAUUGCGAAGGAAGCCCAGUCUCUGGGCAGGCGGACGAACAUGACCAUCAAGGAGCAGCGAGAAUCCCUCCCAGUUUUUGCCUUCAGGGAGCAACUGAUUCAAGCGGUCAAGGAGAACCAAAUCCUCAUCGUGGUCGGCGAAACGGGUUCCGGAAAGACCACCCAGCUGACCCAAUACCUUGCCGAAGCUGGGUUCACCAACAACGGUAUGAUUGGGUGCACGCAGCCUCGUCGUGUGGCCGCUGUCUCCGUUGCCAAGCGCGUGGCAGAAGAAGUCGGGUGCCAGCUUGGCCAGGAAGUUGGGUACACCAUCCGAUUCGAAGACGUUACUAGUCCGGCAACAAAGAUAAAGUAUAUGACGGACGGGAUGUUGCAACGCGAGAUUCUGAUGGAUCCCGAUCUCAAGAGAUAUUCCGUUAUCAUGCUUGACGAAGCCCACGAACGAACGAUUGCCACUGAUGUCCUCUUCGCUCUGCUGAAGAAGACAGUCAAGAAACGGCAGGACCUGAAGAUCAUCGUCACGAGCGCUACGCUGGAUGCGGACAAGUUCAGCGAGUACUUCAAUUCAUGCCCCAUCUUCACCAUUCCCGGGCGCACAUUCCCGGUCGAGAUCCUUUACUCCCGUGAACCGGAAUCGGAUUACUUGGAUGCUGCGCUGACAACAGUGAUGCAAAUCCACCUGAGCGAGCCGAUGGGCGACAUUCUCCUCUUCUUGACGGGCCAAGAGGAAAUUGACACGGCUUGCGAAAUCCUGUACGAGCGAAUGAAAGCGCUAGGCCCUGGCGUCCCAGAACUCAUCAUCCUGCCCGUUUAUUCCGCGCUUCCGAGCGAGAUGCAGAGUAGAAUCUUCGAGCCUGCACCGCCCGGUAGCCGCAAAGUCGUUGUGGCUACCAACAUCGCCGAGACGUCCAUCACGAUUGACUUUAUCCACUACGUGGUUGAUCCCGGAUUCGUGAAGCAGAAUGCGUACGAUCCGAAGCUUGGGAUGGACUCCCUUGUUGUCACCCCUAUUUCGCAGGCGCAGGCGAACCAGAGAGCAGGGCGUGCCGGUCGAACAGGGCCGGGCAAGUGUUUCCGCUUAUACACCGAGGCGGCGUACCAAUCAGAGAUGCUUCGCACAACGAUCCCGGACAUCCAGCGGCAGAACCUGUCUAAUACGAUCCUGUUACUGAAGGCGAUGGGUAUCAACGACUUGCUCCGCUUUGACUUCAUGGAUCCACCGCCUGUUAACAGCAUGCUUACGGCGCUCGAAGAGCUGUAUGCAUUAGGAGCCUUGGAUGACGAAGGACUCCUGACGCGUCUGGGGAGGAAAAUGGCGGAUUUUCCGAUGGACCCGGCAUUGUCCAAGGUAUUAAUCGCCUCUGUCGACAAGAGUUGCUCGGAUGAGAUGGUCACGAUCGUCUCAAUGCUCAACCUGCAGCAAAUCUUCUACCGACCGAAAGAGAAGCAGAACCAGGCCGAUCAGAAGAAGGCUAAGUUCCACGACCCCUCGGGCGACCAUCUCACGCUCCUGAACGUGUACAACUCGUGGAAGAACAACGGGUUUGCCAAUGCGUGGUGCUUCGAGAACUUUAUCCAGGCGCGUUCGAUGCGCCGUGCCAAGGAUGUUCGGGCGCAGAUUGUUAAAAUCAUGGAGCGCCACCGGCACCCGAUCAUCAGCUGCGGUCGCGACACCGACAAGAUCCGCCAGGCCCUGUGCGCUGGUUUCUUCCGCAACACGGCGCGCAAAGACCCCCAGGAGGGAUACAAGACGUUGACCGAAGGCACACCGGUAUACCUGCAUCCGAGCUCGGCGCUGUUUGGCAAGCAGGCCGAGUGGGUUAUCUAUCAUACGCUGGUGCUUACUACGCGCGAAUAUAUGCAUUUCACCACGGCCAUCGAACCGAAGUGGUUGGUCGAGGCGGCGCCGACGUUCUUCAAGGUCGCUCCGACGGACCGGCUGUCUAAGAGGAAGCAGGCCGAGAGGAUACAACCGUUGUAUAAUAAGUAUGCUGGCGAGGAUGAUUGGCGGUUGAGCGCGCAGCGGAGGGGAGGAAGGUCGGGCGGUGGUGGGACGUGGGGCUAA